AUGUAUACUCAUGUUCAGUAUCAAUCGCAUGCAACUAGUGUCACUAUUGGUCAAAAUAUAUCCAAUUUUGGUAUCAUGUCAAAUACUAGUGUGUCAGUAUUGGUCAAGAUAUUCGACAUCAAACACGCCAAAACGACACUUUCGGACAUGCAUUUAGUGGUCAUGAUACACAUUGAUAUAUUGCCCCAACGACGACGUAAUCAUAUACACAAUACAUGA